AUGGGUUAUUUUAAAGUGAAGGUCUACCAUGGAGGAUGGUUUACUUAUAAGAACGGUCCAUUAGAGUACAUGGGUGGAGAAACAACAGUGAUAGAAGAGAUUGAUGGUGAUUGGUGGUCUGUAUUUGAAGCCUAUGCUGAGCUAAAGCAACUUGGUUACGUCGAGGAGAAUAUCCCAUCGUUGUGGUUCAAGGAUCUAGCAGAUGAAGACAUGGAGAAAAAUCUGAAAUUAUUUAAAACUGAUGCAGAUUCCAUUGACAUGUGUCGAAUAGCAGAGUUGAGAGACCAUGUAGAGUUGUAUGUUGUCCAUAAGGUUCAGGACGAAGAGGUGUUUCCUGAUGCUGGCUACAUUGAUGUUAGGGAGAAAGAUGGGAUGGGUGACAUUAGUGAGGGGCAAGAGCUGGUUCUGUAUGGUGGAGUAGAUGAGGGGCAAAACCAAUCUGAACCAGUUGCUGCUUACUCUGGGGCAGAGGACGACAAUGAAGUUGAGUAUGGUAACUCUAGUGACAGUGACAGUCUCGAUUCAGAGUAUAAACCAUCUGGAGAAGAGGAUGAUAGUGAAGAUGAUGUGCACUUUACUGAUAGUGAUGAUGAGCUUGAUCCUGAGGGAAGAAAUGAGGACUUUGAAGAUGAUGAGGGAGAAAACAGUGAUGACUUAGAGGAGGAUCACCAGGUUGGGGCUGAUGGGUUUGAUUCGGAGCAUGACGGUUUGAGGUUUCCAGUUCACAAGCUUCAAAAAGAUAUGGGACAAUACAAAUGGGAAGUUGGCACAGUGUAUGCAUCUCGGGAGGAGUUCAAGGACACUGUAAUUGCUUAUGUUGUGCAUACCGCAAGGGCAAUCAGGUUUAGGAAGUGUGAUUUGCAGAGGGUUAGGGCUGUUUGUUCGGGUGAUUGUCCUUUUUGGGUUUAUGCUGCAAAAAUCAGAGGGUGGGGAUUUUACAUUCGAAGUGGCGGCAAGGCGUUUAAGAAGAAGGUUGAAGCUAAUCUGAAGGUGAAAAUAAGGGAGUUGGUUUCGAAGGCACAGAAAAAGUGGAACUUGACUGUCACUAAGUCAUUGGCAAGUAAGACCAAGCAGAUUGCACUUGAUCAAAUUCAGAGAACCUUCCGAGAGCAGUAUAAAAGGAUUUAUGACUAUGGACAGGAGCUGAUGAGGGCAAAUCCAGGAUCCUCAGUUCGCAUACAAGUGCAGAGGUCCCCAGAUCUUGAUAUUGAAGCACCAGCAUCAUCCAGGACCAGUUACUGUAUCUUUCAGAGGAUCUAUGUGUGCUUGGAAGCAUGCAAGCAGAGCUUCCAGCAUUGCAGGGAUUUCAUUGGCCUAGAUGGCUGCUUUUUGAAGACACCCCUGGGAGGACAAUUGCUCACUGCAAUUGGUUGGGAUUCCAAUGAUCAAAUCCUGCCGAUUGCAUAUGCGGUUGUGGAGGCCGAGACGAAGGACUCAUGGACUUGGUUUCUAAGUCAUCUUGCAUCUGAUGUUGGGCUUGAGAAGAUGGGAAGAGCUACCUUCAUGUCUGACCAACAGAAAGGUUUGUUGCCAGCAUAUGAAGAGGUUAUAACAGGAGUGGAUAAUCGGUUAUGUGUUAGGCACUUGUACAACAACUUCAGGAAAAGGUUUCCAGGGUUACAAUUGAAGAAACUGAUGUGGAAGUGUGCUAAGGAAGCCUAUAGGUACCUAAUUGCUAUCCCUCCUAGGUAUUGGUCUAGAUCUAUGUUCACCUAUAACUCUAAAGUAGAUACAUUGGUUAAUAAUAUGUUUGAGAGCUUUAAUUCUACCAUAGUUGAUGCUAGAGAGAAGCCUAUAGUUACGAUGUUAGAGAAAAUCAGGGUUAAACUAAUGACGAGGUGGGCAGAAAAUAGGAAACUUGCACAGAAUUAUUCAGGGACAAUCUUACCUAGGAUUAGAUUGAGGUUGGAGAAGAGAUCUAGGUCAGCUGGGGAGUGGCGGCCAUACUGGUCUACAGCUCAGAAGUAUGAAGUUGUGAACGGUUUAGACAAGUUUGCGGUAGACUUAGGCUCCCAUGAAUGUUCAUGUAGAAUGUGGAAGAUGAGUGGCAUACCUUGUGUCCAUGCUAUUAGUUGCAUCAAGUUCAAGGGACUAGACUUAGAACCUUUUGUGGAUGGGUGUUAUAAGAAAGAAGCGUACAUGAGGUGCUAUGACUCAAUCAUACAGCCCUUGAAUGGAGUAGAUCUUUGGGAGAGAACAGCACACCCUGAUGUUAUGCCCUCUCCUAUCGAAGGCCUAGUCACAGGCCAAUGA